AUGGAGGAGCAGCUCGACGUCUUCAAGCGCAACCUCGAGGCGUUUGCGCUCAAGUACAAGAAGGACAUCAACAAGAACCCCGAGUUUCGGCGACAGUUUCAGAUCAUGUGCCAGUCUAUCGGCGUCGAUCCGCUUGCCUCUAAGAAGGGGUUCUGGUCAGAGCUGCUGGGCGUGGGCGACUUCUACUAUCAUCUCGCCGUGCAGAUCGUCGAGGUGUGUCUGCGAACGCGAGGGUCGAACGGUGGGCUGAUCGAGCUCAGCGAGCUCAAGCGCCACCUCGAAAAGAAGCGCAAGGGCGAAGGCGGCAUCUCUGAUGACGACAUUGAGCGGGCGAUCAAGAAGCUGAAAGAGCUGGGCGAGGGAUUCGACAUCUUCACCGUCGGUUCCACCAAGAUGGUGCAAUCUGUGCCUUGUGAGCUCAACAGCGAUCACACGGCCGUCUUGGCUCUGGCGCAGGGCACCAACUUCGUGACUUCGUCUUUGGUGCAACGGAAGCUCGGAUGGAACCCCCAGCGAAUAGCCACGGCUCUGGACCUGCUGCUGCAGGAGGGCAUGGCAUGGAUCGACGAUCAAGCGGAGGAGAGGGAGCGACGCUACUACUUUCCCUCUCUCAUGACCGCGAAAUGA